UAUAAUAUAAUAUACGUAGUAGUUAAUAGAUUAAGUAAAAGAGUUAUCUUAAUACCCUAUUAUAAGACUAUUAUAGCGCGGGAUAUAAACAAAAUAUUUUAUAAAAGAGUAUUAUUAAUCUUUAGGCUAUUUAAAAUUAUUAUUUUUAACUACGGCCCUUAG